GAGCCGCUUUAGGAAUCCAGUCCAAAUGUUUUCCAUAUUAGUUCAGAGCCUUCUCUGUUUCCAAAUAGCAGACAAGCCUGGCUUAUGGUGAGAGGAGGCCUCGGCAGGGAGGGGAACGGGAAGGGAAGGGGAGAAAGGAGAGACAGCAGACAGCAGGCUCAUCCACCCAAAACAGUAAAAGUUGUGAGGACAGAGAGUGGACAGGGAGCAAACAGGAGGAGACAUGGGGCAGGGGCAUAAAGGUUCCUCAGACAAAGAGAAGAAGGCCAUGAAGAAGAGAGAUGAAAGCCCGGUGUCAGACGACGGCGAUAAGUGCAGAGUGUGUCGCUUCCCUCUGCUUGUCGCCCUGCUCCAGCUGCUGUUGGGGGUGGCCGUCACAGCCGUGGCCUUCCUUAUGUUGGCCAUCAGCCCCUCACUCUUGGCCAGGGAGACGCCACACUGGGCUGGGAUCAUUCUGUGUUUAGUUUCCAUCGUGGGCUUCAUCCUGUACUGUGUCACCUAUCUCCCAGAUGAGAGGUCGUCUUUGCAAUUCAUUGUCAAGCUCCUGUACUUUGUCCUGUGUGCGAUUGGCCUGGUCAUUUCUGUGCUGGUUAUGGCCUUCGCCGGACAUCAUUACAAUCAGGCCAGUAGCUUCAUCUGUGAGCAGGUGGGAGAGGACUGUGUGUGCAGGCUGACUCCGCCGCAGGAUGACCCAGUCGCCCGCACCUUUACCUACGAGCAGGUCGGCGACUGUGAGGCAAUCACCGGGUCACUCACACUCUACUUCCUGCUUCAGAUUGUGCUGAACCUGGUCCAAGCACUCGUCUGUGUCGUCGGUGCCUUUAUCAUGUGGAAGCAUCGUUACCAGGUCUUCUUUGCAGGGCUUCAGAUUGGCUCCCCAUCCUGGCAGAAGGUGUAACAUGAUGAUGAUUGAGCUGAUCAGGAGGAGAGAGGGAGAGACUUUUUGCUACUUAUGUGAUUUCUCUCUUCAGGACAGGAACAUUUGCCACUUUGGCCUAGUGUGUUUUCUUCGAUGUAUGUUCUUAUUCACCUUUUGUGGUAGCUGAAUUAUAAUGGCUUUUUGCACAGAUUUUCUAUGCUAUACAUGUAACUUUGUAUCUCUUGUUAAAUAGAUAAAGAAAUAAGCAGCUGGUCUAUUUUUUCCCCUUUUUUUUUUUUUUUUUUUUUUGAAACAUUUGUGUUUAGAAAAUAUGAAAUUUUUAGUGUUGUUAACUUUGCUGCAGUAUAAACAAAUGAAAAGCAGACAAAUUAGAAGUUAAGAAGUUCAAACAAAACAAUGCGCAAAAAAACAAAAAACAAAACUUAUUUGUAUGGAUUUAUUAACUAUUCUGUGGUUUUGAAUGACAAAGAUUUAAUGAUAAGGAUCAUUCACUCCAGUGGUUCAUGUUUUUCUUUGUCUGUUUAGUCUUUUUUCUGCAGAUGCAACAAAUUAAAUUUGGGAAACUAGGAGAAAAAUGUUUUCAGAAAAGUAGAAAAGAUUAAAUGUUAAGCUAAGAUCUCAGCAAUUUUUUUGAUUGUUGCUUUUAAAAUCACAAAAAUCUUAAAUUGAGUUAUUUUAUUAAUAAUUUCAUUUGACUUUAAUGCUAAUUUUUGUCUCAUUUUUGCAUCAAUUGACACAAGUGGAAAAAAACACACUCAGCAAGGUGACUUAUCUCAUCAACUGUGUUUUAUUUCACUAUCUCCUGUAUAAAACAAUGGCUGGCUGUAAAUAUUCUGGGUGAAAUCCUUGACGGGGCUCUAUCUGAUUGACAUAAACUCUGUCAAACAGUUGUGCGCUAAAAACACAACGUGGGCAGGUUAUAGUUUACGAGACGGGCUGGGGCUGCGGCUUGUGAAGGUUGACGCCAGGCCACUAUCCAGUAUGACUCAAACCGCCUGUAGGAGUCAAACUACUGCAGCCACAAAGGGAGGAGGUGAGGGCUGGGGUGAGGAAAGGGGGACUCAGACAGGCAGCUGGACUGUGCUAUACAAUUCAACUUACUUUGUUUACAGCAUUGUAGUAGAUUUUUCUACCAGGAAGCAUUGCACAAAAAAGACGAUCACAAUAUUUUUAAGGGUUUGUAUUGCAAAAUGAGCUUCAUUUGCUUUGCUUUCUGGGAGGUUUGACUUUACUGUAGCUGUCUCAAUCUCAGGUGUUAUGGGUGUUCAUCUACAGUGUGUACAUGCUGUGCAGGGAAUGGCAAAUAUGAGGGAGUUUCAGAGGCUAACUGGAUACAGCGUGUACCCAGAGGGAGAGUGUAAUUAGUGUGCAGUGUUACAUCUAUUUUGUCAAUCAUGAAAAAAAGUGGUGAUUGACUGCAGGCGUUUUCAGGAAGGCUUUUAAGACUGUCAAACUGUUUGUGGUUACAAAUACAAAUGUUUGUGUCAUUUAAAAUACAGCUUCCUUUUUUUUUUUCCUACUUUGCCACCACGCAUACACAGAAAAAGAGCAACUUCAGACUUAAACUGUCAGUCAUUUUCAAAAGGGUGGACUUUGUUUUUGUAUUAGUGCAUUUUUUGUAACAGAGAUAGAAAGUAAAACAGAAACAGCAAGAAUCAGUGAAUGUCUUUUACUUGACAAUCUCUAAGCCAUAUGUGAAAUAGGUGCAGCGUACCUUAACAUCAACAGAUCUAGCACAUCAUCAAAACUGGUUGGAGAACACACUUUAUGUGAGCACUAUUUCAAGCAACUAUUUGGUUUUUAAAGUAAAGCCAAAAUCCAAGUGUCAUUAAUCUGACAUGAGAAGAAGAAAUAGUUAUCUUUGUUUCAGGCAUUUGUGUAUAUGGAGAUUAUUAUGGUUAAUUUAUGAGACAAAAAUGAGUACUAUCAUUUAUUAACUCAGUAAUUAACAGCAAUUAAUUCAUUAACUUACUGAUACUACUCACUCUUGUCUCAUAAAUUAACCAUAAUAAUCUCCAUAUAUUUACAAAUGACUGAAACAAAGAUAACUAUUUGUUUUUUCUCAUGUCAGAUUAACCCUUUCAUGCAUGAAUCUUGAGAACCCUAGUCAAGAUUUUUUUCUUGAGUGUUUUUAUUCCUCUUCAGGCAUAAAAAAAAACAAUGUGACUGAAAUUUUUUAUGAAGCUAUUUUUCAUGGAGUUACAAAAAUGUCCAUUCAGCUGGAAACCAUGCGUUUAAUAUAUGAAGCAAAGAUUAAAACUGAUCAUCGAAAAGUGAUAUACUGUUUGAAAAGUACAAAAUAAAAACAUUUUUCAUGCAGCUCACGUUUUAUUGUACUCUAAUACUAAUUAUUACUCACUUCAUGGAGAUAAUAUG